GUCAAUCCUCCACCGCGCCCACUUAUGGCGACAUUGAUUCUCGCCGAGCUCUUCCGGGCAUGUGCACCGCUGUCAACUCCAACAUGUAAACAAAUAGCAGCCGUUUUGUGUUGUAGUUUUAUUGGCAGGUCUCAGUUAGCCGCUGCUGUGCUGAAAACCCCCAAUGUCUGAGAUAUAACAUUUGCAGAGUUUUGUAGUCAGUCAAACCUAACAUGCUAACGCGCGAUGCUAAAGUUAGCUCACUAACAACUUGCGAGCAGCCUGACGUUGUGGAGGAGUCCAGGUGACCAGACAGAGGUGAAGAGAUGGGCUCUGUUCGCUGGGCUUUUCGCUGUGGGUCGUGGAAACCGAGCAGGUCUGACUGGCUGUUUGCUGCUCGCUGCAUUCAGCGGGAGGAGAAAGACAGGAUCGGACAGUUUGUGUUUGUCAAGGAUGCCAAAUCAGCCAUGGCUGGCAGGUUGUUGCUGAGGAGAUUUGUGUGUGAGAGGAUGGGGAUCCCCUGGUCAGAGAUCAGACUGGAGCGAUCCCCCAGAGGGAAACCUUACCUGGCAGCACCACUGAAGGUCAGUUCAGAUGCAGGUCCUGAACCCCAGGCCUGGAGUUUCAACCUGUCCCACCAGGGGGAUUACGCUGUGCUCGCUGCAGAGCAGGGCAUGCAGGUCGGAGUGGAUAUAAUGAAGACUACCAUGCCAGGUAGCAGCUCCGUGCCAGAGUUUUUCCGCAUCAUGACUCGUCAGUUUACAGCGUACGAGUGGGGCGUCAUCCAAUCAGCCGUCUCGGAGCACCAGCAGCUCGCCGCGUUCUACCGCCACUGGGCCCUGAAGGAGAGCUUCAUCAAAGCCAUCGGCACGGGUCUGGGCUUCAACCUGCAGAGGGUGGAGUUUCACCUGUCCUCUGAACCGCUCACACAGGGCCGGGCACUACGGCAGACCAAGAUGCAUCUAGAUGAGGAAGAAGAAGAGGACUGGAUAUUUGAAGAGAGCUUGCUGGAUGCUGACCAUCAUGUUGCUGUAGCACUCGGAACAGCGGACGAAGCAGGCUCUGCACCUCUUCGUCCAUCUCUUCCUCCUCCCACCACAUUUACGCUGCUGUCGUUCACUGACCUCAUCGCCUCGGCCUCACCUCUGACGGAGGAAGACCCCGCCUACUGGGACAGCUUCAAGAUGAAGGCUGAAGCUCCACAGAGACAAAGAGAUACACUCGCAUCCAAAUAACCACCUGUCUCACACUGACACUCACUUGCCAUACACACACACACACACCUUUCAGAAGUGCCAAAAAAGAAACACACAUACGCUGACGUCGAAGCUGCUUUCUCAUUCAACACAAGUUCAGUCAAGUUUAUUUAUAAAGACAAAAAUCCCAGGUUUGUCUCAGAGGACUUCAAAAUCCAUACAGCAUCCGACACCUUCUAUCUUCUGAUCCUCGGUUCAGAUAAAGUAAAACACAAAACAAACUUUACACACCUGAUACGCACACACACACAAAUAUUGUACAGUACAUCCAAACAUUUAAUGUUGAUCAAUAGAUUAAUAUCCUGUGAUUUUAUUAACUUCUUAUCACAAUGUGAUGAUUUUGUGUUUAAGGUAAGACGAAGCGGUCUUUUACAAAUAGAAACUAUACAGAUUAUGUAAUUUCAGGAUACACAUUGUCAAAGAUUCUGCACUGAGCUCCUCAUUAUUGAUCCUUAUACGCCCUAACAGCCCUCAAACAAUACAUUGAUUGAAAAAAAUCUGUAGUAUAGUGUAUAUAAUGUAAGCUAAGUGAUGCAUAACUCACAGAUAAAUAAGGGAUGAUUAAUGGACUAUAUUUACUUUAUUUUAGUCAAAUCCCUAUUUGGAUCAGCUAAAGAGUUACACUAAGUGGCAACAUAUGUGCAGGCUGUUGGUAAAAGAAACACUUUUAUAUCUGCAUUCAAGAUUGAUGUCUCUUUUCACAAAGUUGUUUUUCCUCUCAAGGACUCUGUCUUUUAUCCUUUUCUUUCUUUAGCUCAGUUUUUCCAGCAGUUGUUGUGAAUUCAAUGCAAAGCAACAUAUAAAGUAUCCGAUAACUACUGCACGUACUGUUGUUUAUAAUUAAAAACAAAGAAAAUUA